AUGGCUGCCACAGCUCUGGCCUUUGUCUGCCAGGACUGGCAGCCCCCAUUUGCAGUGGAGGUCGAUAACUUCCGGUUUACCCCACGCAUCCAGAGACUCAAUGAGCUGGAGGCCCAAACCCGAGUGAAGCUCAACUACCUGGACCAGAUCGCCAAGUUUUGGGAGAUCCAGGGCUCCUCGCUCAAGAUCCCCAACGUGGAGCGGCGCAUCCUUGACCUGUACAGCCUCAGCAAGGUGGUACUGGAGGAAGGCGGCUAUGAGUCCAUCUGCAAGGACAGGCGCUGGGCACGGGUGGCACAGCGCCUGGCCUACCCCUCGGGCAAGAAUAUUGGGUCCCUGCUGCGUGCUCACUAUGAGCGCAUUAUCUACCCCUAUGAGAUGUACCAGUCUGGCGCCAACCUCGUGUGCACGGCGCGUCCCUUCGAGAGUGAGGAGAAGGAUAAGGAGUACAAGCCUCACAGCAUCCCGCUUCGCCAGGCUGUCCAGCCCUCCAAGCUCAACACUUAUGGGCGCCGUGCUAAGCGCCUCCAGCAGGAUGACUUGGAGGCCUGCCCCAGCUUGGCCAGCGCUGUGGCCCCACUGCCUGAGCAUGGCCCCCUGUCAUGGCCGGAGCCCACUGAGGAGGACAUUGAGAAGAACCCUGAGCUGAAGAAGCUGCAGAUCUAUGGGGCUGGCCCCAAGAUGUUGGGCCUAGGGCUGGUGGCCAAGGACAAAACCCUACGCAAGAAAGACAAGGAGGGCCCUGAAUGCCCUCCAACAGUUGUAGUGAAGGAUGAGCCACCAGGGGUGGAGCCUAAGCCAGAGCCAGGCUCCCCACGCACCUUCCUGGAUCCCAAGGAGGAGCUGCGGCACAGCCCUGAGCCCUGCACCAAGAUGACCAUGCGUUUGCGGCGCAACCACAGCAGCAACCAGUUCAUCGAAUCGUAUGUGUGUCGCAUCUGCUCGCGGGGGGAUGAAGACGACAAGCUGCUGCUGUGCGAUGCCUGCGAUGACAAUUACCACAUCUUCUGCCUCCUGCCACCCCUGCCUGAGAUUCCCAAGGGCAUCUGGCGCUGCCCCAAAUGCGUCAUGGCGGAGUGCAAGCGCCCCCCCGAGGCCUUUGGCUUUGAGCAGGCCACACGGGAGUAUACACUGCAGAGCUUUGGCGAGAUGGCCGAUGCCUUCAAGGCUGACUACUUCAACAUGCCCGUCCAUAUGGUGCCAACAGAGCUGGUGGAGAAGGAGUUCUGGCGCCUGGUGAACAGCAUUGAGGAGGACGUGACAGUGGAGUACGGUGCUGAUAUCCACUCCAAGGAGUUCGGCAGCGGUUUCCCCAUUAGUGAUGGGAAGAGAAAGCUCUCUCCCGAGGAGGAGGAGUAUGCGCAGAGUGGCUGGAAUCUGAAUGUGAUGCCAGUGCUGAAGCAGUCGGUGCUAUGCCACAUCAACGCUGACAUCUCAGGCAUGAAGGUGCCCUGGCUUUACGUAGGCAUGGUCUUCUCGGCAUUUUGCUGGCAUAUCGAGGACCACUGGAGCUACUCCAUCAACUACCUCCACUGGGGCGAACCCAAGACGUGGUAUGGCGUGCCAUCCUUUGCAGCUGAGCACCUAGAGGAGGUGAUGAAGAAGCUGACACCUGAGCUCUUCGAGAGCCAGCCUGACCUGCUGCACCAGCUCGUCACCCUCAUGAACCCCAACACCCUCAUGGCCCAUGGUGUGCCGGUGGUACGGACCAACCAGUGUGCAGGUGAAUUCGUCAUCACCUUUCCCCGGGCCUAUCACAGCGGCUUCAACCAGGGCUACAAUUUCGCAGAGGCGGUCAACUUCUGCACUGCUGACUGGUUGCCAGCUGGGCGCCAGUGCAUUGAGCACUACCGGCGCCUGCGGCGCUACUGCGUCUUCUCACACGAGGAGCUCAUCUGCAAGAUGGCCGCCUGUCCCGAGAAGCUGGACCUCAACCUGGCGGCCGCCGUUCACAAGGAGAUGUUCAUCCUGGUGCAGGAGGAGCGCAAGCUGCGCAAGGCAUUGCUUGAGAAGGGCAUCACGGAGGCAGAACGUGAGGCCUUUGAGCUGCUGCCGGAUGAUGAGCGCCAGUGUGACAAGUGCAAGACGACUUGCUUCCUGUCGGCCCUGGCCUGCUACGACUGCCCACCCCACCUUGUUUGCCUCUACCACAUGGAUGACCUGUGCAAGUGCCCCCGCAGCCGCCAGUACCUCAGGUACCGCUACACACUGGAUGAGCUGCCCGCCAUGCUGCACAAGCUGAAGGUGCGGGCUGAGUCCUUUGACACCUGGGCCAACAAGGUCCGUGUGGCUCUGGAGGUGGAGGAUGGGCGCAAGCGCACACUGGAGGAGCUGCGGGCACUGGAGUCGGAGGCACGAGAGCGGCGCUUCCCCGAGAACGAGCUGCUGCACCGGCUCAAGGUGGUGCUGAGCCAAGCCGAGCGCUGUGUCUCUGAGGCCCUGGGGCUCAUCAGCAGCCAGGAGACUGGGGUGCCUACGUCCCCGCUGACAGUGGAGGAGCUGCGUGCCUUCCUGGAGCAGAUGAGCCAGCUGCCCUGCGUCAUGCACCAGAUAGGAGAGGUCCAGGCACUGCUGGCUGAGGUAGAGGCGUGGCAGGUGGAGGCACGGGCAGCACUGGGGGCAUUGCCGGCAGGGGUGGUGCAGCUGCGGGGGCUGCUGGAGCGUGGUGCCCGCCUGGGUGUGGCAGUGCCUGAGGGGCAGCAGCUGGAGCAGCAGGCAGCGCAGGCAGCCUGGCUGGAAGAGGUGAAGCGGGCAGUGAGGGGGCCCCGUGGGCACAUACCACUGCCUGAGCUGCGCGGGCUCGUGGCUGCUGGCACCUCUGUGGCCCCCAGCCCUGCAGUGGACAAGGCCAUGGCUGAGCUCCAUGAGCUGCUUGCUAUUGCCCAGCGCUGGGAAGAGAAGGCCCAGAUGUGCCUCGAAGCCAGACAGAAGCACCCCCCAGCCAUGCUGGAAGCUAUCAUCACAGAGGCUGAGAACGUGCCUGUGCAGCUGCCCAACAUUCAGGCCCUCAAGGAAGCUCUGGCCAAGGCCCGAGCCUGGAUUGCUGAUGUGGAAGAGAUCCAGAAUGGGGACCACUACCCGUGCUUGGAUGACCUGGAGGGACUGGUGGCCGUGGGGCUGGCCCUGCCAGUGCGGCUGGAUGAGCUGCGGCACCUUGAGGUGCAGGUGGGCGCUGCCCACUCCUGGCGCGACCGGGCUGCCCGCACCUUCCUCAAGCGCAACUCUGCUUACUCCCUGCUUGAGGUGCUGUGCCCAUGUGCAGAUGCUGGAUCAGAUGGUGCCAGGCGCCGUCGGGAGCAGGAGCCCGGGCUUUACAAGUUGGACACAGAAAGCCUGGGAUUGUCAGCCCAGGACCUGCGUGAUCCUGGUGCUGUGAUCCUGGCGUUCAAGGAGGGCGAGCAGAAGGAGAAAGAGGGCAUGCUGCGGCGCCGGCAUACUAACACCCAGCACCCACCAGCCCCUGGUGCCCCAGCCUGUGUGUGUGGGCAGCCCCCGGGCCCCAGCAUGCUGCAAUGCCAGUUGUGCCAGGACUGGUUCCACGCUGGUUGCGUGGCCUGGCCCCGCCUGGGAGCCCAGCGCCCCUCACCUGCUUGGUGGGAGUGGGAUGCCAAGGUGCUGUGCCCACUGUGCCAGCGCUCGCGACGCCCACGCCUCGAAACCAUCUUGGCCCUGCUGGUGGCACUGCAGAAACUGCCUGUGCGAUUGCCUGAGGGUGAGGCCCUGCAGUGCCUCACAGAGCGUGCCAUCACUUGGCAGCACCGGGCACGCCACCUCCUGGCCUCACCUGAGCUGGCCGGGCCCCUGGAACAGCUGGCAGCCCUGCGGCAGCGCCUGACUGGUGAUGCUGGUGCCCUGCGUGAAGCCAGCUGCAAUGAGCAGCACAAGGUCUCAGUGGAGAAUGGAGAUGCUGCAGCACCUGAGAAGAAUGGCCCUUAUGCCACAGACCUGGAGGUGCUGUGCUUGGCGCUGCCACGGCUGCAGGGACCUGUGCUGGAGCUGGGUGAGGGGCCAUUCCGGGCGCUGGACGAGUUGCUGGUGGAGGGCGACCUACUGGAGGUGACGCUGGAUGAGGCCCAGAGUGCCUGGCGUCUGGCUCAGGCUGCCCGCCCACCCCCUGUUGCUACCUUCCGCCUUCUACUUGAGCUGGAGGCGGCAGAGCGUCAGGGGGCGCGGGCUCGGGGCCCUGAGCGGCGCCGGAAGCGCAGGCCUGAGCGCACGGACCCAGCGCCCCCAUCCCAGGAGGAGCUAGAGCCAAAGAGGAGCAGGGGGGCUGAGGCGGGGCCCCCUGAGGACAGCCCCCCACCCCCCCUGGACCCCAACACCCACCACCAGCCCCCUGGGUUGUGACGCCCGGUGCGCCCCCCGGACCAUAUUUAAAGGCUGCCUGGCCAUGGGUGAGGAACCCCCCCC